UGAAAGCCAUUCCAAUAGGCAUGUUAUGUACUUAGGUACCUCUUCUUACAACUUUGAAGAUGUAUCUUGUACCUCUCUAUGAGCUGACACUCAACUAAGACAGAUAUUCGACUAACAAGAAGGCCACCUCUCCUUCACUUGAGAUCUUCAGUACUCAUACCCGGCACAAUCCAAGUGCGAGUUACAAGUACAAUUUCCAAGCUUCACUCCGAGUACUAGGAGAAAAUCGAGCAUCGAGCUCGAUCAUGGCCUCCCAGGAACGAAUUGCCGUCCACAACCUCGCUGACCUGAAGAACACCUCCGACGAUGCGAUCCCCAACUACCUGAACUCGCUCAAGUUCCGGCAGGACCACCGGCUGGCCGACACGCGGCUGGCCCUCGGGUACGGCGCCUUCGCCGUCGCCGCCGCCUGCUUCGCCUGGGACUACAAGCUCGGCUUCGACGCCACCAAGUACUACACCGCCGCCGCCGUCGCCCUCUACGCCCUGCUCAACGGCAUCUUGACCUUUUGGAUCAGCUUCGUUGAGAAGGGGACCGUGUACCAGGGCGUCGCGCCCGACGGGUCCAAGAUCUCAAUCGCCACCUCGACCAAGAAGAACGUCCCGAUAUACAACGUCAAGAUCACCGUGACCCCGCCCAAGAACAGCCACGCCCCGGAAGAAACCGUCGAGCUCGCGCGCCCCUUCACCGAGUGGUUCGACGUGCAGGGACACUUCGUCGCGCGGCCGUUCCAGACCAUGUUCGCCACCGCCGUGCCCUUGGUCGCGAAGGCCGAUCCCAAGCGAGUCGAACCUCCUCCUGCUGCUGCUGGUGCUGGUGCUGUUGCUGCAGUACCCGAUUUCCUAAGCGCCGAUGCGGACGUCUUGGACGCUAUUGCCGCUUCGCAGUCUGCGUCCGCGGCUACGGGUGCCGAAGCGGCAGCGCCGGCGUCGGGGAAGAAGUCGAAGCGCAGAAAGGCGUAGUUUUUAAGUACCUGCAUAAGGGAGUUUGAUCUAAUAUAGUAAAGCCAUGGGUAUAUGUGUUGAAAAUAUAAUACUGUAUACCUUCUACACCUAAUGCUUACCUGGUACCUAAGUCGCUUAUGAAUAGCUUUGUGCCAGUUGUAUGUUUAUUUACUGGUCCACUGUUUAAGAAGACUCAAUAAGUGUCUGGG